CUGUGUUGGAAUUUUUUGGGUAAUUACAUUCCGAAGAGGCAUUGCGUUAAAUGCGAUCAACCUGGGACAUUGUCUGGUAUUGAUCCAAAAAAAGCGACAUAUUGUAAGCCAUGUUUUGUUAUAGCUGUUAAACACAAAUUCGCAUCGACGAUCGGCAAAAGGAGGUUGUUUAAAGAUGGUAACAGGCGUGAAACUCUUAUUGUAUAUGAAGGAAAUCCUCAGUCCGCGUUCCUCUUGUCUUCGGUCUUUCAAGGCAUGAAAGCUGAGAAAAAUAAGAGGCUGAUUCUUGUUCCUACGGUAUACCAUUAUAAAUUACUUAGCUCGUGUGCUAGUUCCUCCAUGCGUUUGGAAUUAGUUUCUCUCGUUCGAGAUCUGCUCACUGUACAAGUUGCUAGGUGCCUUGGAAUUGAUAAAGUAAUGAUGCCUGACUGUGCUGAAGAUUUAGCCGGACGAGCAUUGUCGUCACUCGCUUUUGGAAGAGGUUCUUCUUCAAUUGCUUGCUUAACUGAAGUUGUUGACAAACGCUUCAAGGAUACGUCAAUAAUUCGUCCGUUGCACGACAUAUGUUUGAAAGAAAUCGCACUUAUUAACCGAUUUGAUGGAUGUGACGAAUACGUGAUACAUACCUCAAACAGUUUCCCGAACCCAUCGAUGGAGAAGUCGGUACAGAGUAUUACCGUUGAUUUUCUUGGUCAUCAACAGGCAGAAGGUUUUAAAGGAGUUAUAAAUACUAUUUUAAGUACAUCUGCCAAAUUACAGUUCCCGUCCUCGAAAUCAACUAUCUGUUCGCUGUGUUGUUCCUCUUUUCUCUGCGAUUCAAAAGAAAGGUUUGUUUGUUACAAAUUUGAUUUCCUAGCUUCUUUUGGCUUUUAA